CCCACAUGCAAUGGGAUUCCAGCCAAAUAAUUAGAGAAAAAUAAAAUAAAAUACAAAUAAAGAGCCCUUAAGAACACAUCUCAUUCACGCCAUUUGGCCCUCCUCUCAAAAUCUUCCUUUUCAUUCAUUUUGGUCUCCCAAGUUUCACCAAAAGAAACCCCGUUUCACAUUCAAAGCCUUUGAUGCACACAUACUAAGGUAACAUCACGUCUACCUCUUCAUUCAUCUCAGACCAAUCCGAUUCGCCGCUAUGUCAAUCAAAACCAACCAUUUCCAUCCUCUAUUUCUAUUUCUGACCAUAAGCUUCCUAAUCGCCACUGUUGCAUACCCCAUCGACGCUUUGGAAUCAAGGAAGCUUGACGAGAGCACAGUACCAGGUGAUCAAGGCAUCAAGUGUACCCCAUCAUGCGUACAAAGUCCUCCACCACCGUCGCCGCCUCCACCAUGCCCUCCACCACCAUCACCGCCCGCUCUUCCGCCACCUACACCAAAAAAGUCGCCAUCCCAAUACUGUCCACCACCACCUAGUCCGCCUUCCUUUAUCUACAUAACUGGUCCACCGGGGAACCUGUACCCUAUUGACCAAAAUUUCGGUGCUGCAAGCCGCAAAUUUGAGGUGGGGUUACUGGCUUUGGUCUCUGGAUUAUUGGUCCUUCUUGCUUUCUGAAUGGGGUAUUGAUUUGGGAUUGGAGGGUGGUAAGGAUGUUUGUACAAGAAUUUGCAUGUAGUAAGUACAAUUGGUAUUUUUAUUUCAAGUACAAGAAAAACAGGUGGGUUUUUUGCCCAAGGAGAAAGCUUUAGGACCUACUAGCUUUCCUACUUGUUGUAUCUUGAUAUUGAUCAAAUCAAUAAUAAAGAAAUUAGAAAUUUUUACUCA